AUGUUUCUAAAUAUUUUUAAAACGUUUUUACUCAAUAUUUUUAUGUUUAUUUUAUUAACAUUUACCAUGGCAAUAUUGCAGCCAUUCAAAACAUUUUUGUCAUUUUCAGCUGCCUUUAACGCCCCCCAAUUUCCCUUUCAAUACAUACAUUUUUUAGCACCGUUCCCUGAUUGUCUGCAGAACCCAAAAGAAACCGUCGAUUUUGGCGCUGCCGCCCUUUUAUGUUUCUUCUACUCAAUCCACAACAACAACAACGCUCAUUACUCGGAUUCCCCCUCUCUGGCUUUUUUUGCUUUAACGCUAAUAAGUGUGCCAACUCUCUGUGCCCUUAACACGCUGUAUAUGCCAAUAACUGGAUUGCCAUAAGUAGAAAAUACCCAUAUGGCCUAAAGGGACAAUUUGUCCUAUUUUCGACAGAUGGGCAUUUUGUCUUUUACUUAGAUUAGACAUAUUGGCCAUUUUUCUAUGGUUGACCAUUUUGAGACCCUCUUCCUGUAAGACUUUUAAAUCUUCCUGUUUGGACGUUUUGUCAUUCUUUCCUCAAUUGGACAUUUCGAGCAAUACCUUAACUGGACAUUUUGAGCAUUUUCUUGCAUCUGGACAUUCUUCAUCUAGCUAGAUGUCUUGCUUUUCCUCUAUAGUUUUUUUAUGCCGAUAUGAGUCAAAGCAAAGUACCGCCGCGUCAUUUUUCGUUAUUUUCCUUCUGCUCUUUUUCUCUCUAUUUUUGCUGCCAACCACCACUCUCAGCACAGUUUUAUGCCAUUACUUCACCACCUCUCGGCAUUUUUAUAUAUAUUUUUUUACUACAAAUGCCUAGGAGACUUUUAACGCUUUUCCGCAACACAAACGUUCGCUUAAUAUGUGGAUCGAUCUUGUGCUGUUUUAUAUUUUUUAUUAAUUUUUUUAGUCCAUUUUUGGGAAAACACAAUUUUUGUUGUAUUUUUACGUCAGAAUUAUU